UAUAAUCUUUAUGCGAUAGUAAUAGCAAUAUAUAAAGACCGAAAUCGACGUCUACUAGCAUAAGUCAGUGCCACCAUGAAGAUUGUCAUCGCGUUAGCAGCCUUCGUAGCUUUGGGUUCCGGCCAUGCGCUCCCCUCAGUGCCGGGAGACAACAGUCACUACGUGGAGGGCGAAAGCCGCUACAUCUGGAUGCCAGACAGUGAGGACACACCAGUGCUGGUGGACCUUCACGAGCCCGUCGAUAAAGCCCUAGUGCAUGCCAGGAAUGGAGCUAACAACCAAUAUUGGCUUUAUACCAGGUCAAACCAAAAUAGUAAGCAGAUACUUGUCAACGGCAAUAUCAAUUCAGUGAGGAACUCAAAUUACGCAUCCAACAAGGGCAUCAAGGUGAUCGUUCAUGGAUGGAACAACAAUGGAGAUUCUCAUGUCAAUACUGUCAUCAGACAAGCUUUUCUCGCUGUUCAAGAUGUUAACGUUAUCGUUGUGGACUGGCGCGGUCUUGCUGGCUCCAGCUACACCUCUGCUGCUGCCGGUGUUCCCGGUAUUGGCCAACAUCUCGGUAACUUCCUCGUAUGGCUCAUCAACAACGCCGGAGGCAACUGGAAUAACGUGCACCUGGUCGGUCACAGUUUAGGAGCACACGUUGUUGGAAGUGCUGGACGCCAAGCUGGUGGCAGGCCUUCUCGCGUGACAGGGUUAGACCCCGCUGGUCCUGGCUGGGGUAAUAACGGCAACGCUUUGAACAGGAACUCUGGUCGGUACGUCGAAGCCAUCCACACUGACGGCAACAUCCUCGGUCUCAUGAACGCAAUUGCUGACGCCGACUUCUACCCUAAUGGUGGUAAACAUCCUCAACCCGGAUGUGCACUAAGUACGUGUUCUCAUGGUCGUGCGAAUGACCUAUUUGCCUCUACUAUCCGCCACAACCGGUUCACAGCGAAGAAAUGCAACAACGUUUGGGAAGCUGAGCUUUCAACUUGUUCAGGAUCUAACUUGAACAUGGGCAAUGCUCAAAUCAACAAAUCAGGAAGCGGUAUUUUCGCUCUGAGAACUGGAAGCUCUUGGCCUUUCUAAGCAUAACAUCUGACAAAUCUUGUCGAUAUGAAACUUAAUAGUGACUUUAAUGUUAAUAAAACUUUUUUGAAAUCUUA